AAACUCACACGGACAACAUUACCAACAUAUGAAAACGGAUGAAUUUUAGAUAUUUUAUCUGAAAUAGAGAGGUAUGAACACAAGGCAGGAAACGAUAAGAAUGCGUUUCAAAAUGAGGCAACCGCCUUCCACCUUCCUAUCUUAGCUUUUCCCUAGUUAAAUAUAUAUUAUCACACCAGCUCUACAGCUGCUGCAUUUCUUUCAAUUCUUUCUAGCUCCUUGUUGAGAGUCGGCUAUUAGUUUUCUCUUUGGAAAUUCAUCUUUUGGGCCAAGUUCUCCUUUCAUUUCUUCCCGAGCUUUUUGAAACCAGAAUGAACAAGCAAGAUAUGUUGAAGAUUCAGACAUGUGUUCUGAGAGUGAAUAUACACUGUGAUGGGUGUAAGCAUAAGGUCAAAAAGAAGCUGCAGAAGAUUGAGGGGGUUUACAAAGUGAGUAUAGAUGUGGAGCAAGGGAAAGUGACUGUGUCUGGAAAUGUUGAUCCAGCCACCCUUAUCAAGAAACUUGAAAAGGCAGGGAAGCACGCCGAGCUUUGGGGGGGACAGAAGGGCCCAAUUUCGAUAAUGAAGGAUAUCCAGAUUCACAACUUCAAGGGUGGGAAAGAUAGCAAAACUGAGAAGGGUGGGUUUCAGGCUCCUCAGCUGAAGAAAGAUAUGAGGUUUUUAGGUAAAGACCAACAAUCUGUCAAGUUCAGCUCGCCUCCUAAGGAGGAAGAUGAUGAUUUCAGCGACUUUGAUGAGGAUGAGGAGGAUGAGUUUGAUGAAGGUUUUGGUGCUCUCCAACCACCUAGCAAGGUGGCACCUGUUGCUGAUCGUGGUGGUCAUGGACCCCUAGCUAAUAAAGCAACUUCACAUGUCCAUUUGAAGGGCAAUGAUGGUGCUAAUAAUGGUGGGAAUGGGAAGAAAGCUGGUCCAUUUAAUGCAUUUCUUAAAGGCGUGCUGGGAAAAGCCGGUGGCAGAACUGUAGGGAAGAGUCGCAAUAAGGCUGGAAAUCAAGAUGAGGGUGGGAAAUAUAGAGGGAAAGAUGGCGGGUUGGAACCCAGAGAAGGUAAGAUGGGUGCAAAGGAUGGCGCCCAUAAAACUGGUGGUGGGGAUGGAAAAACUAAUGUGAGCUGGAAUAAGAAAAAGGGAGACUUUAUGGUUGGUGGGGAUGGAAAAACUAAUGAGAGCGGGAAUAAGAAAAGGGGGGACUUUAUGGUUGGUGGGAAUGGAAAAACCAAUGGGAGCUGGAAUAACAAAUUGGGAGAGAAUGUUGAUGGAGGUCCAAAACUGGACGUCAAACAGCAAAAAUUCAAUGAGAUAAACGCAGAUUAUAACGGUGGAGGUGGUAUAAAUACAGGUCUAAUGGGCCCCAUGGGGAAUUUUCCGGCAGUGCAAGGGCUACCAGCAGCGUCUGCUGUGAACGCUGGCCAUUUCCAACGGAACCCUUACAACCAGCAAUACAUGGCGCAGAUGAUGAUGAUGAAUCGACAACACGGGCACGGGCAAGGGCAAGAUCCCUCCCAUCUUUCAAUGUACAUGCAACCUCAGCCUACCAUGAGUUAUGGUCCACCACCAGUGACUGAUCAAUAUGCUCAUAUUUUCAGUGAUGAGAAUACUAGCAGCUGCAGUGUCAUGUAAAUUUCAGGAGUAUGCUGUUUCUUUUUUAUACUCUGGUUGUUGAUUUUGUUAAGCCUUUGCUAUGAUUCACCAACAACACAGAGUUAUAGUUUGCUUUAGGUACCUCUUUCUCAAGUUUGGGCCAGACCCAGUUAGUUCUUACACGGAGUGAUAUUAUAUUUGUUAUGCAGUCAAUUACUUUUCUUAUCA